GUCAUCGUGACGCUCGCAAUCGCUAAUAGAUACCUACCAAAUGUACGCGAUCUUGUUUAGUAAGACCAAACCCCCUAUUACGACACCCACUUAGACUUUCCGGAGACAAGUCCGAUCUAGAGCGAUGCAGCCUAGGAAGUACCCACCAAUCCUACCGUCAGCACCUCUUCCCCAGGAGAGAGAGCUUUGGAGAUCGAAUGCCGGUCCUCGGCGGCUGAGACCAGGUGCCUGCACCGAUUGUAGACACCGUAAGAUUAAGUGUGAUGGCGUUCGUCCACGAUGUUCCAAUUGUGUGAAACGAGGGGUCAUCUCUUGCCUCUAUAUCGAUAAAACCAAAGCCGGUCCCGAAACGCUAGAAGUGCUAGAGCUUCUAAAGACAUUGCCUGAAGAACAAGCAACCAAAUUAUUAAGCCUCUUGCGAGAAAAUGGAGACCCUGUGGAGGUCUUGUCCAUCUUCAGAGAGAGUAAUGCAGAAGCAGAUGAGCCGACAUCCCCCGAAGCCGGGCCUCAAGGAUUUAACCUAGCUAGAAGUGUGCUAGAGUUGGAGUUGAUGACCAACAAUUCUAAGGCUUAUCCACCUCUACGGCCUGUCAAUGCUUCUCUCUUGGCGAAUAGCGAUCUCCUUCGACCCUCUAAACCAUCCGCCACUGUAUAUGAGACCUCUGGCGACUCGCCAUCUCCUGUUGGAGCCGCAUCGGCAGGUCGGCGGUUUCUACUUCCCCAAAAUAGAUUUUGUUCGAGAUUCCUCUUCCAUGCUUUGAUGUAUUUAGGAUGUCAAAUGUACAGCGCCUUCGAUAAAGACGCCAUACAAUAUGCCGAUAAGUUCUGCGAGGAAGCCGAAAGGCUGUGGAAAGAAGAACAAGGUUCUUGCCUAACCAUGGCUGGCGCUGUGUUGCUUAGUUUAUCUCUUAUAGGAAAUGGCAGAAACCAUGCCGUUCUCUACUACGCGACACAAGCUAUGAAAUUGGGUGAGGGCUUAGGACUUUUCUCCACCGAGGAAUCUGCAUCCGCGAGCCUGAGCGAGAAGAUAUCCGAGGAUGAUGCAUGCGCACGUAGCUACGCAGCUUGGGGUACUUUCAAUUGGAACGUACUUAUAUCAUUAUUCUACCGGCAACCGGGCUCCGAAAGCCCAAGUACAACACCUAUACUGCCCAUUCCGGGGGAACCACCCCCUGAGCGAAGAGAAAAUACCAUCCCUGAGGGAUAUCUCAAUGAUAGCGACCUUUUAGGGUGGAUUUUCCCUGCUGUCUGUCGCUUCUGGCGCGUCAUUCAUGGAGUCGGAUGGAUUUAUAACCCUGUUCGAGACGUCCCUUCUCCUCAUUUUAGGAUGGCUCUAGCAGAACAUGGAUUCCGUGAGCUCAUCGCUUGGGCAGGGGCUCUUCCGCCUUCUCUACUUCGAAUAGAAGGGAGGUCCCAACAUGUCACUGUGCUUCACAUCUGGCUCCAUUCCGCAAUUCUCGACAUUUUUCGACCCUUCGUUGGAAAACCGGUAGAUCAACGACCACGAUUAACAACUUUUUCGGCACAAGAUAGCACACCGGAUGCGGUUUAUGCCGCCUCGGUGGGUCAGCUUAAGCAUCUCGUCGUUGAAUAUCGGAGUUAUUCGGUAGCAUCUACCUAUUCGAUCCUAUGGCACACGGGACUUCUGUAUCUUGCGAAUGCCAUGUUGAAAGAUACCGGUGACCCAGAAUGGCGUCUUUACAUGCUUUUGUGUAUCUACGGAUACGAAAGCUUUAGCCGUCCGUUCCGAAUCUCCGAGAUCAUUGUUCAAGGCUUGCUGUCGAUGACUAUGCGGGACAAUAGCAUGACAGGAAGUGAGGCACAACGAAUCAUCAACGAACUCAAGGAGGGAAGAUUGGACGGUGUUAAGAGGGAUUUCGAGGAUAAAAUUCGUGCUAAAUUCAUGGUUGAUAUGGAUUUGGCGCUUAGGGACCCAGAGGAGGCUAGGGCGGAGAAUUUGGCAGCUGAGUUUGAUACUUUGGCUUUAUUUCAAGACUUUCUUGACUAUGAUCAAAUGCAAGAAGGAUAGUGGUAUAGUUUGCGGCUAGAUGACAGAAUGUACAUUCAAAAAGUUUAGGUAGGGUAGGAGAAGGUAUCAAAUUGGUUAUGAUAUCAUCAGUUAUGUCUUGAAGCAGAAGUACUAGCUUGACGGAAAUACAUGUUGCUUCCAAUGACGGAACCCAACCAGUCAACCAGUCAUCUUGUUGAUACCUCAGCGAAAGAGGCCUUUCAGCAAAGAUAUAAGAGAAUAUUCCCCUAUCCACCGAUUAGCCUUCAUCCAAUGUUACAUACUAAAUAAAUUAAUCAUAUAUCUUACAUAUAUAGGUCCGAUAACAACAUUCCCACAGGUGUUAGUCGAUCCUAACACAAUUUUGAUGAACGGCCAAUCAACGAUCGAAGAAUUACCAGUAUGUGAUAUCUACAAGGCGUCUUCCACAGUUUACAAAGGCAGUUACAGAAAUAUCAAGUUUGCGUACCUAGAGUGCCUCCAGGCUAUCUUCCGCAGUAAUUGCAGUAC